AUGAGCAACGUCGACGAUUUCUUUUCGGCAGUGAAUCAACCGUCCGCGAACCAGCAGCGCGGCGGAGACAAUGUUCGCACGUUCGCAGACGCCAUCAACCACCGAUUCAACAACCCCGCCCCAUCGUCCGCAUCGCUUCCUCCCUCCCUCCUUACCGCCCGACUCCUGCCUUCCUCGUCGUCCGCCACAUCCCCCAUGCCCCCGUCCUCGUCGCCACACACAGCCCCCUCGGCGCAUACAUUUACCCCAGUGAGUCCCUCAUCCCUUUCUCAGUGGCUCGACAAUCCCACCACCCUCGUCGUCGACAUCCGUCCCCAUGCUGCAUACGCAAAUGCCAGGUUGCCACGAGCCUUGUCGCUGUCGGUCCCGUCCACCCUGCUCAAGCGCCCCAUGUUCUCCCUCGACAAGCUCGCGGCCAUGCUGCCUGCAUCGACCGCCAGAUCCCGCUUCACUCGCUGGCACACCGCUGCCCGUAUCAUCGUCUACGACACAGAUUCCGCCGCCAUCCCAGACCAUUCAAACAUCCACGGCUUGCUCAGGAAAUUCCGCAACGACCCCGUGCAUUUCACUGGUGAACUCGCAUGGGUCCAGGGCGGGUUUCAGGCAGUAUGGCGCGAACAGCCUCACCUAAUCGAUAACAACCCGCCUCCGCCAGAAACCGACGCCGAAGAGGACGAUCAGCAGCAGCCACUGUUACGCGCCAGACUCCCAGCUUCCGCCUUCUCUGCGGCAUCGACAACAGCCGCAAUGUCGCCCCAGCGUCCUCAGCCUCGAUCGACUCUCUCUGCUCGUCUUCGGGCCUCGGGUAUUCCAUCUCUGUCUCUGUCGCAACCACAGCCAGCUCGGGCACACCCUAAUUCUUCGCUCUCCCUUUCAUUCCCCUUCAACAACCCUACGCCGCAGCCGUCAGCUACGAUCUCAAAUCCACCGACAACCCUUCCAGCGCAGCCGGCGUAUAACCCCUUCUUUGACACCAUUCGUCAGAACGUUGAACUAUCGCACGGAAUCACAGAGCGCAUUCCUCUUCGUCUACCACGUCGCAUCCGCCAACGCAUCCAUGAGCUGCCUUUUCGGUGGCUCCAAGAUAUUGCUCGCAAGGCAGAAGCCCGCACGCCACCAGGACUCUCCGCGAGAUCUGCUCGUACAGUCACUGACGUCUUCCCAUCCAGUGGCUCGGACUCGGACGUCGAAUUUCCUUCGCCCCGUCUACCUCUACUCUCUCCAGCAGCAGAUCCCGACCCUGCAGAUGUAGAUGAAGGCACAGAAGCCCUCGCGAUGCAAUUUUAUCGCAUCGAACUAGCUGAACAGCGUCGCUUAAUGGGAGUGAUGGAACAUCAUUCCAAGGAAAGCGAAACGACUGUCGGCGAACACGCGGACAAAGGAAAACGCUCGGAAAUCCACCACGAAGUCGAAGUCGACGAAAACCUCAGAGAACGAGCUGUAACUCUCGGCCAUGAUUCUCUCUCCUCGAUUCAUGAACCUAAACUAGACGGAGAUUUUCCGUUCAGUAUCACCGCAGGCGUCGAAAAGGGCGCGAAGAAUAGCGGGCCAUUUCUUCUCCCCCGCAUCCCAUUCACCCCAAAUAUUCCUGUCGUCUCUCCCGCUCCCUCAUCAGACGCAGACGCCGAAUCCGAGUACGACGACUAUGUCAAUGCCUCGUACGUCCAGCCUCUCGGCACUACCAAGCAAUACAUAGCAACGCAAGGCCCGCUUCCUGCAACGUACAAGGACUUCUGGACGCUUGUAUGGGAGCAAAAUGUGCACGUUAUAGUCAUGCUUACGAGGCGCAUCGAGGGCGGGAUGAUAAAGUGUGGGGCGUAUUGGGCAGAGGAGCGCUUUGGUCCAUUGCGACUAAAGCUAAUAUCCGAAUCGGGGAAAGAAGGAGGUGAAGUAGACCCUUCUUCUACGCCAAGCAAUCCUUUCGAUGCAGCGGCUGCCUCCGUUGCAGGACCUUCGUCCUCUCCCAUAGGCACGAAUCGUCCAAAGUCUCCCAAACAGUCCACCAUUCGCAGAGAAUUCGAGCUACGACACACCAAAUAUCCGCGUGCUGGCACUCGGCGCAUCAUCCAGCUGCAAUUUCUGGAAUGGCCUGACAUGAAUGUGCCGGACGACCCCCGAGACGUCCUGAGUUUGAUCUGGGAAGUUGAGAACGCAGUGGAAGAGACGAAGCGUGAUCGACUCCAACGCGAAGAAGAGCUCCUCGAGAAGAAGCGACACGAAAAGAAGGCCACUCGUGCGGAAGUCAUCGCUAAGUUGAAGAGUGGAGGCGGAGCUUCGAAGUCCAUUAGCAGCGACCAGCAGAGUCUAGGAACCCUAUCUUCGUCUUCGUCUGACGACGAUGUGGACGAAUGGACCGGGAUAGUCAAGCAUGCUAAGGGAGAACGCGUCCCGGUGCUACUGCACUGCUCCGCUGGCGUUGGUCGCACGGGUGGGUUUAUCGCUGUGGACGCGAUUCUCGACGGGAUUCGGCGGGAGAUGCGAAAGCGGGUCUAUGGAUCAUUGAGUAGUGGGGUUAUUGGAAAUGUGAUGGGUACUAGUAGCGGGGAUGCCAGUGCGAGUGCUUUGAGCGGUAGUGCGAGCGGGAGUAGGAGGACCCGUGGAACACCCGAAUCAGAAAGCGCUGGCGGGGAGCGAGGGGCUAGCACAGGUGCGAGCGCUGGAGGAAGCGGGAGUAGGAGUGGCAGAAGUGGUAGCGGAAGCGGUAACGUUGCGGACGGAAGUGCCGGAUAUGAGGAUAAGAUGGAUGUUGACGGAAGUCCUAGCGAGGCCACUGGAAUCCACAACAAUAGCAGCGAGGCGAUUGUUGAUGUCGACGCAUCUGGGAUGAAGAUGGGUGGGACAGUUCCCAUAACCAUGACUGCUGGAGACGACGACGAAAUUUCUGGAGAAACCAGUUACGGCCACGAUGCUCCGGGCGCCAGGGAACUGAAGAAGGCGAAGAAGGUCCGGGGGAAGGGCAAUCUAGUCGAAGCUGGUAGAGGGUUGGUGGUGCAUGUUCCGUACGUUGUUGGAGGAGACAGAGAUUUACUGAAGACGCCCAUGCAGAUGUCCAUGGAGGUGGACGAGGAUGACGUUGACGACGACGAUUUGAUGGUGGGUAUGUCCGGACAUGAUCGAUCUUCCUCGCAUGAUCCCUCCCGUGGAGAAGAGCAAAAAGCCAGUACGAGAAAGUGGGCAGAGACCGUAUUGGACGAGACCAGUGCCGCUAUGGACGCCGGCGAUGCAAUGGUCCUGGAUGACGGCUCGAACUCGUUAUCGCAAAGCGCCUCGCCGCCAAAUAUCGCCGCCGCCGACGUAAGGUUGCUUAAGGUUGGAGGUGAAAGUCCUGAAGGGGCCGUAGCUAGAAGUUUCGGUGCUGGCGUCUUCACUUCUGGAUCGUCAAGUUCAGAGGACUCGUUCGGAUUCGGCCAUCGAGGACAUCGUCAUCAGAGCAGUUCUCGCAGCCAUCGUUACGGAUCGGAGGUGGGCAGUGGCACCUCAACGUCACUUGCUACCUCUCAUUCGUCCUCCCCUGGAAAAGACCAUGGCGCCGACAAGAGGAGCACUAGAAUUGGCGGAAGCAGCAGUCCAGGCAGCGGCGAACUUGCAGCGAGCAAGUUGGCACCGUCUGCAUCACCAAGUUCACCGGGGAGCGAUCGUGUAGGGGGGCGUGUUGCUGAUACCACCGAUCCGAUUCCGAAGAAGGAGAUUGCGAACACGGCAUCCGGAGCGAACACGGCGAAGUUGAUGGGCCAGGCCUCGAACUCACAUACGAUGGGUGCUAUUGGUGGAGCUUGGGCGAGUGGUGUGAAACCAGCAGGCAACAGUGCGGCGGGGAUUGGACCUUCUCCGCUUGGGGCGCCUGCCGCCAUCGCUGUUGCAAUCCCCCACAGUAGCAAAGGCAAAGGUACCCUCGAAGGCGAGAGCGGCAGGAACGUUCCUGGCAGCAGGAUUAGAGGAGGCCUUUUAGCUGCGGAUGGGCCAAAAUCAGUUCCAUGGCCUAGCGAGGAAAGUCGGUCAGCGCCAGCGAUGACCCUGCCACCCAAGUUCGGACAUCCUAUCCGUAGUGGUGGGAUUGAUGCGGGCUUCUCUGGUGGUAACCCGGCAUUGAUGACAGUCCGUGGUGUACGCGCGACGUCAGUUCUAUCGUCAGAGGAAGAACGACCACCUUCUCGUUCCCUAUCUCUAUCCCCAUCUGCCUCAGGGACGAGCGAUGCGCAAUACGGGAGCGUCGCGAGCAGGCUGGGGAGAGUCUUGGAUGUGGAUGGCUCGAGUGUAUACAGCAUGUACGGAGGAAUGGGUGCGAGUGUGGCUAGCGGGGACAACGUGUGGGUGGGUGAUGAACGGAGGGGUAGGAUUGGUGAAAGAGGUGCAGAUAUGAAGGCCAUUCAGCCUUUUAGGCUGAAGGAUGACAGCGUUUCGGAUUCGCGUCCCGAGUCGACUUCUCCGCCUGGAUCUCGUUCAAGAUCGACACCUCCGUCAUUGAGUGCAAGCGCUGGGAAGGCAUCCGCGCGUGCGACUACGGUGGACUACAAAGAGCCACGCCCGCUGCAUGGCAAGUUUUCGCCCGCGGCGUUGAGCUCGUUCGAGGAUCCUAUCUGCGAAGUUGUGCAAGAUAUGAGGGAGCAGAGGAUGAGUCUGUGUCAGAGUUUGAGACAGUAUGUGUUCGUGCACGCCGCAAUCAUUGAAGGCGCGUUGAUGAUAGUGGAUGAGGAGAGGGAGCGGGCGAAAGGAAUUAUGGCUGAACGAAGCAGCAGGAGUGGCAGCGGAAGCGGCACAGGCAGUGGUAGUAUCAGCCCGAAUGAGGAAAGUGGAAACGGCAAGGCGAUGAGCGUACUCCCUCCUGUCCCGGUGACACCAGUGCGACAAACGACGGCCCAUCUCCCGAGCAUGAUAUCUUCGCCAUCGACAGGGAAGCGCGGUGCCAGCCCCACGGAGUUGCUCAAGGAAGAUAAGAAAGGCGGAAUAUCGUUGUCAAAGCGGCCCAGCAUCAAGCGCAAGCAGACAGGCUCCGAUGGGAAUACGAGGUGA